UUGGUGAAGAUGGUGAACGCUUUGACUUCCAAGUCAUCAAUAGGUGGUCCGAUGGCGUGUAUGCACCUUCUCGGGCAUCCGGAUGUAUACUGUAGUCAUGAUAUCGUCACCGUUUAUUGGUAUCAGCACAUUCAAUUUGUACUCGUUAAUGUUGAUGACUCCAUCGUGCCUGUUGAUCGGGUACAAGACUAUUGCCUUCGUCCACAGGCAUGUGGCCCUAUGUCACUUUGGGAUUGGUGGCGUCGCUCAAAUAAGUGCAAGUCCAGUAACAAAAUGCGACAAGAGAGGAAGAAUGCAUCUAGCACUGUCCACGGAUACGUCCCUAUAUUCGGUGCUGAUCGGGCAGAUAAACAAGUACCCUGCUUGGGCAAUGAUACAUUAGAUGACUCCAACUCCGUCACCCCAGUUCAUGAAGCAACUCAACUACUCUUCCUCCAAGAGCACGCUCAAUUUAUGACACAUCAUAUCAACAUAGCUCCGGAUAGCAUUGACGUUGUACUCAAUCUAAGCGGGGGUUCCUUACCGAGAAGGGACAGAGGUAAUACGGAAGAGUAUUGCAUGACCAUGUUGGCCUUCUUUAAACCCUGGAGGUCUGCUCGAGAUCUCAAAAGAGUCGAUCAGACAUGGCAGCAAGCCUUUGACAGUCAUUCUUGGACCGAUAGAGACGUUCGUUUCAUGAUGAACAUGCAUGUCAAAUAUGAGUGUAAUGACGCGCGUGACGAUUACAAUGCUCAAUUGAAACAAGGCCAUCCAGCCAUAAAAAAAUUCCAGGAUGGCAUGGAUGAUCGCUCUGCAGCUGAUCUCAUGGAGGAUGGCACACUCACCGAGAUAAUGUCUUUACUUACCACUGAAGAGCGAUUACAGGCUUUAGAAGGACACGAGGGAAAGUGUUGGUUGGAUGAUCUUGAGAAGAUGAACACCAUUUCUGCGACGUUACAGGCGGUAGGUUGGUUGGAU